AUGUCAAAAGAAGAUGAUGAUAAUGAAGAUGAAGAUUUUGCUGUACGACAUGCAUAUGAAAAAUAUGGUGUUAAUGGUUACUACAGUCAAUAUGGUUCAGAGUAUCGCAAUCCACAUGAAGAUCGUUUAAUAACAACUGUUCAUCAACUUGUAGAAAAAUGGAAUAUAAAACCAACAGAACGUAUUCUUGAUUUAGCUUGUGGUAGUGGUGAAAUAACAUUAAUUCUUCGUCAGAUAGGUUUUCAACAUAUAAAUGGUACUGAUCCAUAUACAAGUGAAGCAUACGAAAAACGUACGGGCACACCAAUUCAUGCAAAAUGGACAUUUGAACAAAUCGCUGAUGGUUGUCUUGAAAGUGAAAUUUAUGAUACAAUUAUUUGUAGUUUUGCUGCACAUCUUAUUCCACCAUCCUAUUUACAACUUGUUAUGAUACAAUUACGUUUUGUUGCAAAAAAACUUAUUAUUCUAACACCACAUAAACGACCUCAAUUAUUACCUGAAUGGGGUUGGAAAUUAACUGAUGAAUUUGUUUAUGAACGUAUUCGUGCGAGACUUUAUAUAGCUGAGGAAUACUAA